AUGAAGCUCACCACCGCAAUCGCGGCCUCCAGCGCUGCUGGCUUGGCCUCCGCCCAAAACACCUGCGCCUGCGGGCCUGGUGGCUACCCGGAAACUGUCACUCAAACCGUGACGGUCACCGCCGGCGUUCCCAGCUCGUCUGAGGUCUCGCCCGUCGGCAUCAGUAGCUCCGAUGUCCCCCAUGGGUAUCCUGGACAGUCGACCACGGUCAUCAAGACCUACGAGACCACCUACCCGGUCACUCGCACUCGCGGCCACGGCAACCACGAGUACACGACGACGAUUGAUGUGACCAAGACUCUCACGUCCACCAUCGUCGUUCCAGUCAGCUACUCCUCUUCCCUUCCACCAUAUCCCUCUGGAAGCGGCAGCGGGCCAUCUGGAUGGGGCACCGGCACCGGCUUUUACCCAACCGGCACGGCAGUCUACGGAUCGUCUUCGUACAGCUCGUACGUCGCCCCAGUGAGCUCCUCUGGAGUUUCAUCGUACCCUCCAGUGUACGGAUCUUCUUCGUCGGCGGGAUACAGCGGUUCGGUCGUGGCGCCAGUCAGCUCUUCUCAGCCACCGUACUACGGCGGCUCUUCAUCUGAAGCCGGCCCUGCAUCAUCCAGCGGAGUCUUCAGCGGCCCCUACUUCUCGGCGUCCUCCUCGUUCGCCUUCCCAUCAAGCUACGGAACUGGGUACAGCUCCUCCGGUGUUGUUCCUGUCGGCACUGGCUCCAGCUCCGCCUACGCAUACAGCAGCUAUGGCGUCUCCAGCUCGCUCGCUGGCCCGGCCUCGUCCAGCAUGCCGAUGAUCACGACCACCUACAAGACUCCUUGCACCAAGACCCACACUCUGACCACGAGCGGCACCACGAUCACGACCACCAUCGAGACCAGCAGCUACGUGACCGAGACCUACCCUGCGUCCUCUGCGGGUCCAGUCAGCUCCUCGCACGCUGGAAGCUCCUCGGCGCCAUACUACCCAUACCCAUCCGAGUCGGUUAGCAGCGGCAGCAUUGGAAGCGGCACGGGUUACUCCUCUUCUUUCGCCUACUCCACUGGCGUCUGGUCCUCCUCGUCGGCCUCUUAUUACCCGUCCAAUGGCGGAACCUCGUAUGGUCCGUCAUCCUCGUCGGCCUCUUAUUACCCGUCCAAUGGCGGAACCUCAUAUGGUCCAUCAUCCUCGUCGGCGCCAUACCCGUCCAAUGGCGGAACCUCGUCUUCUCUCGCUGGCCCAGCGUCCUCGAGCGGAUUCGGCGAGAGCUCAAGCCAAGUGAUCCCGGUUUACGGCGGCUCCAGCAGCGAGGCGGGCCCAGCCUCGUCAAGCGGCAUCUACGCCAGCUCUUCGGUCUUCGCCUUCCCAAGUUCUUCGUCUGAGUCGGUGUGGUACCCGUACCCCUCGUCGUCCAGCUCUGGCUUCGCCUACCCGACAGGCAGCGGCUCAUUCUCGUCCUCUUUCCCGUACGCCACCGGCACUGGUUUCUCUUACAGCAGCUACGGCGCUUCCAGCAGCAGCGAGGCAGGCCCAUUCUCCUCGUCCGCUGUCGUGAGCUCAUCUGCCGUGCCAUCCUACCCGCCCGUGUACGGCGGAUCGAGCAGCAGCGAGGUCAGCCCUGUCUCUUCCUCGGCGGCUCCAUCUUACCCACCAGUCUACGGCGGUUCAAGCUCCUCGGAAGUCAGCCCGGUGUCGUCAAGCGGCAUUGCAAGCUCUUCUAGCGAGUCGGUGUGGUACCCAUACCCAUCCUCGUCUUCCUCUGGAUUUGCCUACCCGACCGGCACUGCCGUCUACUCUUCGAGCUACCCAUAUGCUACUGGCACCGGCUUUUCGUACUCUAGCUCCUCCUACAGCUCUCACAUGGCCUCCAGCAGCAGUGAAGGCGGCCCGAUUUCCUCGAGCGCCGUCGUGAGCUCGUCUGCCGCGCCUUCUUACCCACCCGUCUAUGGUGGCAGCUCGUCCGAGGUCAGCCCCGUGACCGUUUCCUCUUCCACUGUCGAGGUCCCCUCGGCCACUCCAACCCCUGAGUGCUGGAGCAAGUGCUUCGAGGACAACGGCAUCACUGGCAAGCUUGAGCUUUGCGGCAACGACGACGUGAGCAAGUGUAUCCACGACACGUGCAGCCCUGCCGAUGACAAGACAUACUGGGGUUGGUACGACAGCUUCUGCUUUUCUACUAGCAGCUCGGUCGCCUCUACCGUCUACCCAUCCUCAUCCGGUGCCGCUGUCUCAUCAUCCGCUGUCGGCAGCUCUGGCUACGCCUACCCAAGCAGCAGCAGCGCCGGUGCCGUCUCGUCGAGCGGUGUUGCGAGCUCCAGCGCCUCAUACUACCCUUCGGGAUCUAGCUCCUCUGGCUGGGCGUACCCUACCGGAACUGGCGUCUACUCGUCAAGCUACCCAUAUGCCUCGGGCACUGGAUACAGCUACAGCUCAUACGUCUACAGCUCCUACGGAGCUUCGUCGAGCAGUGCGGGCGCAGUCUCUUCCUCUGCAGUUGCCUCAUCUUCCUACCCAGUUUACCCAUCCGCAUCGGCCUCCGCCUCUUCUUCGUGGAGCAGCUAUGCCGGCCCUGUCUCUUCCUCGGCCGCGCCGUCUUCCUCGGCCGCGCCGAGCUACCCGCCAGUCUACGGCGGCUCUUCCAGCUCCGUGGUCUCGCCAGUGACCUCGUCGGCACCCGCACCACCACCAUACGGCUCGCCCUCUUCCGUCGUGGCGCCCGUUUCCUCUUCCGCCGCCCCGGCACCACCAGCUGGAUACCCAGACAACAGCCCCCCAGCUUACGGCUCGCCCAAGGGCUACCGCGCCCACCCGCGCGACAUCAAGGCCUAG